AUCGGUGUAGGAGUUUUCCUGUGACAUCUUGACCUUUUGCAGCCUUGGGAUUUUUCAGGACUGACAGAGCUUUUCCUGGCGGUGGGAGUAGCUGGCAUCUAACCAAAAAAGGACUGUGGAGUGUGGGGUGAUUUACUACGGCCUCCACAGCGGAGGAUUCCUGUACAUCUUGCUGCCUUAUCCACAAAGGUUAGCCUGGGGUUGUCAGUGAUGUUUUCCAGCUCGUAGCAGAACCCCACAGCCUCAAGACAACCGGACCGACGGGAUCUGCUGACGCAGCAGGAUUGAGUGAACUGUGAGAAGCACCGAACAUUUCUCUCCCAACUGGAAACAACCCUCGCUUCUCUCUCCUGUGACUUUAUCUGCAGACACUCUGCUGCUUGUGUGUCACCAGUGUCUAUUCUAUUGCACUAUUUGAACUGUAGCUGUUUGUUACCAUGGCAGGUCAGCCUCCUGUGAGACCGAGACCUCCGAGGAACUGUGCACAAGCGGUUGCUUCUGUUUCCUCGGACAAGGACAUGGUACCUUUCAACGUGUUGUUCUUUGACCGAGGGGUUAAAUGCUGCUUGCAGCCACAUGUAACCCUUGAGGAUUGCGCAGAGGCAAUAGACAAUUUGGUCGGUGACGGCGGCAUUCUGGUGGUUGAGAAGAUGUUUGGGAAGGCAAUGUUCUUCCUGAGGACCGAUGAGUUGGGAACAUGAGACCGUGGAGAACAAAAGCUUUGAGAAGACGACGGACUCCUUCCGCUGUCUCUUCGUUCUUCGACUUCCUGAGACUAAUGCUGAGCCAUUGCAAAAGUUGUUUGAUGUGUUCCAAAUCUUGCUGCAAGUCAGAUUGGCCUUGCCCGUUUCCGGUGGUCAAUCUGCAGGCAACGAAAUCCAACUCCGUGGGAACCCAGACAAGCUUUUGCACCCUGCCGAAGGUCACGGAUAUUCCACAGACCAUCACGAAAGAUGGGAAGAACUCAGGUGCCCUUGGAAUCUCAGUUCCAGGGUCCAACCUGCUGAUCACAUUUGACAGCCUUCAAACCUCUGCCAUGGCUUGCCCGUCCUUGGAAGUGUCCCCGGCACGGGAUUGCACUCCAACUGCGCAUGCCACUCCCGUUGGGCCAUUGUUGGGCAGCCAUUUUGACAGCCGGCCCACCCAGGUCCCGGUGGUGAGAACAACAGUGAUACAGAUGGAGUCCCAGCCCCUGAACGCGGUCACCCUCAUCCUGACCCUCACCACCAUUGCUUACGCCUGCACACCCACUUCCCGCGGGGGGACCAAUGUCCUAGGACACCCCCAGUCAGGCCUCAGGCCUAGUCGGGCCUACUCCAGCCCUCCGUUGCCAGGGCAACUGGCCACCCGAGAUUCCUGCCCCUCCUCAUGUGGACAAGGGAUGACGCUCCCCCUCAGCAUGUUUCCGCUGGCGGGAGAAGCCCUCCGAUGUCCUGGAGGUGAGGGGGAGGGCCGAAAUGUGGGCCUGGUGGAGGAGGAGGCUGGAGCUAGCUAUGAGGACCUUGGCUGGGACAAGGAGGGUGUUCUAGCUCACUCUGGGACUUCCAGGGAGCAAGGUGGCCCCAUUCCCCUGGAGGUAGCUCAGCAAGAGGGCGCUCCCCUCCCCCUUUGCCCCCUCAAAGGGCCAUUGCUCGAGGUGGGUCCCUCCUCCUGUGGGGGACAGAAGGAAGGGAAAGGGGAGGGGGCAGUUGCCUGGUGCUGGCCCCCUCUGCCCAUCCCCCAGGAUGAGCACCUAUGCGAAGCUGGGCAGGAUGAGAAGCAGUCUUCCCGUUGCCUGGCCGGGCCUUGGGAUGGGGUCCAAGAGGCUGAAUCUUGGACCUCCCCCAGCCUCCUGCCCUCCCGCUGGGCCCAGGGGUCCUGGGACCCCAGUGAGGACCUGGGCUCAUGCCAGAAGAGCAGCGGGACCCGGGGGGAGUGGGAAUCGGAGCCCAGCUCUAGCAGGUCCGGCCCAGUGGGCCUUGGGACAUCCCAGGAGUGGAGUGGGGCCUUCAACACCUCCCUCUGGGUGUUUGACCACUUCCAGGACUUCCACAGGGGGCUCAGGUACAGGCCCCAUCCGGGCCUCGUGCUCUCCCUGGCUGGGACCCCAUCCCAGGGCAAACGGAGGAGGGGGGGAGGCUUGCUAGGCCCCGAACAGGCUGGGCCGGUGGCUCUGACCCACACACGUCCUCGUUUCGAGAUCCAGGAUGAGGAAAAGACUCUAAUGCAGUUGCUGGCAGCACAUAGCUCUCCUCCCUCUCCCGUCCCGGACACCCAGUUGGUCUGGGUGCCCCCAAGCGACCUGGAGUACUGGGCCACCUUCUACUUCGGCGGAGGGGUGGAGGCGGCGAGGAGGCUGCUGAGGGAGCGCCGGGGGAAGGCCGCGGCUCCCAGGUGGGGUUUCAGGCCUUGAAGCCCCGUGUGUUUGAGUUGGGGGGUGGUUCCGGAGAAGGGAAGGGGGUUACUUAGGUCUUGUUUGGGACAGGUGGGCUAGGGGUUAGCUUCAGGCCCAGUCUGAGACUGGGGUUAGGCCCAGUCCAGAGCACGGCCUAGUUCGAUGCUCAUCCAAAGUCCCCUGCAGUUCUUGGAGACCUAGUGUGGA